AUGCCUAACACCAGAGGAUCAUAUACCCGCCGAGAGAUAUUAGCACUGCCCGUUGGAACAGUCGUCUCAGUGGAGAUGAUGUGGUAUGAUCGACAAGCCACUACAGUUGUCACUACUCAGAAUCAAAACACAGGUGACUUUCAAUCUAAUGUUGAGACCAACCUACAGAGUGGCCAACUAAUUGAUUGUGGUGAACUUACUUGUACGGACUGUGCCACGAUCUUUGAAUCUAUUGGUACGGCGAUUGCUGAGGGUAUGACCCAGAUAAAGGAAGGAUUCACAUAUGAAGGUUGGGGAUGGGCUUGGACUGAGUUGAAUGAUCAGGGUGAAAAAAAGUUGAAAAUGACCUUUAAGCCCAAUACAAUACCAUCUCAGUACCAAGCCAUCACUCAGAAUACUGUGUACCCUCAAGAUCCAGGGUCUGGUUAUUGGGAUGGUCAAGAAGAACAGGCUAAUCAGUCCAAGAGGUAA